GAAAAUUAUCGCUGUAAACAAAUGUUGGCUGGCUCACUGGUUCCAUUCCAUCAUUUAUUUGUUCUAUGUUCCAGAUAGGCGAAAUGGCCAAAAAUGCUAUUCUGGCCAAAGAAAGUAUAGAAGAAUUUGUUUCAGUGAAACUAGGAAAAUAUAGUCAUGACCCUCUUAUUCAGUUUGCAACAUUGAAGCACCUGAUAAACUUCAUUCCAGUGAUACGUGAACUUCAAAAUGUUCAAAUAUCGUGGCAGACAUGUGACGACAUAGCUAUGCUAAUCAGUCCAGAAAGUUGCUAUAAGACGAAACUACUAGUAUUGUUCUUGGAAAACAUUGCGUCACUUCAUCAGACUGAUCCUAUUCCCCUUGAUUUUAUGAAAGAUUACUCAUUUCCAUUCUUAAUUGGCGGAAUGUACAAGGGUCAUAAAUUUACUGACAUGUGUUCCAAAGUAAUAAGAUCAAGAGCAUUUUAUAUGUAUGCUUGUAUCGGGGACAUUUUGGACCUGAAAGUGGUUAAAAUUACAGACUUAAAUUAUGAACUUCUGAUUCUACAUAAGCAUUCUAUUAGGUAUAAGUUAGAUGACUUAAACAUGAUUGCAAUACUUCCCAAAGCUAGCACUAACAUACUAUUGAAAAAGGAUGACUAUAUAAGAGCUGGUGUAACAGGAUUUGAUCCGACUCUACAGCUUUCUGUUAGUGUAAAUAAAAAGGACUUUGAAGACUUAAGCAUCGAACUGGGCAUACUACGGACAAUAAAUGAAGCUUGUAACAAAGUAUCAACAAACCAUAAAUAUUAUUCACAUUUUUUAAAAACAAGUCCUAUGCUGUUUGACAAAAAUAAAUGGAUAAGUGAAAUGAAAAUACUUGGCAUUGACCCAUUUAUUACUAGUGAAAUUAAUGAACAACCCAAAAGGUCACGCCAAAUAAGCAAAAAAAUGAUUCCUGAAACUUUCUGUAAUAUCAAAAAGGAAUUCAAAAUGAAUCCUUCCAAUGCACAUUCAAAAGAACGAAUGGCAAUUGCUUUGAUUAAAGGAGCAGAAAGGUAUGAUAAAGCACAAAAAGUUGAAAAAGCAGUUUCUUGCCUUAAAGCUGCUAAGUACCUAUUGGAAGACAAGGAAUCUCUUUUUCUUGCUAUAAAAAAAAAGUUUUCAAAGAGAGUUUUGAAGGCAUAUUCAAAAGUAUGAACCUUGGAAGGGUUAUUGACAAGCUGAAACUCAAGGAAAAGCAGAUAUCAAGCAGUUUAUCAAGAUAUAUGUGCAGUUAUUUUUUGUUUCUUUAUUUUAUUUUAUUUUUUGUUACUUUAGACUUUUCAUUUCAUCAGUGUAAUAAAUAUACUUUAUAAUUUUAAAAAUUUCAGUUCAGUGUUUCCCACCAUGGAAAACAAUUCUGGCAAUAAACCAUUGUAAAAAGUGGAGAAAUUUGAACUUAUCAGUGUUUUGUGAGGCAAAUAGCCUUUUUAAUGUAUAUAUAUGUACACAUAUUGAGCUUUGCAGUAAAUAUGUUGUCAUAUUCUUUAUUAUACUAUUAUUCAUUAAUAUGCUCAUUGUUUGAAGUGUUAUUGUAAAUAAAACCUUGCAAAAAUUUCAGUGUUAGAAGCUGGGAAUGUCCAGACAUUGUAAAAAGCAUCUUUUGUUAUUACAAGGGAAGUGAAAUUUUAAAAGAUUUUUGUUCAUUUGUUAGUAAAAAUUGUUACUGACAUAUCGUCAAUGUUAUUAAUGUUUGAUAAAAAAAUAAAACGAUAUUUCACUGUCUCAUUUCUUAUUUGAAUAUUAUACUGUCUCUAUGGAAAUAAUGACAUAAUUUCCGGAAAAAACUUAUCAUUUUUUCCAUACGUUUUGAAAACAAGUGUUCUAAAAUGUAGGAAAAUUAAUAAACGUGUUUGCAAUCAGAAAUGUGU